GAAUAGGUAGGUGUGAGCUUGCAUUUCUCCAACGCGACUUUCGUCCAAGUGACAAACUUGAAAUUCGCCUGGACUAUCUAACUUCAUCCAGCUUCAUCUCCUGUUAUCUUUUGCCCGUGUUUAUGGCCUGUUCCGUACUAAACGUCUUCUGAUGAUCAUCGUCUUCAGACUUACUCUUGUUGUAUUGUACGCAGGGUUCUCGGUCAAGGAAUAUCAAAUUCCCAAUCCAUAGCAGAUGCUUGCAAGGCCCCCGGUCAUAUUUUUACUCAAGACGACACGCGACACAUUAAUAACUUCAACGACGAUGCCUUGCCUGGUCGACAACACUUGACUCGACGUAAGAAAUGUUUCUUUCAAGUUUUCUCGGUGCCCCGUCGGGUCGGAGGGGUUCCAUCAUAUCGAGCAAGUCCAAGUCGUCUAGACAUUCUCCUGAAGUCUCGCCGUCGCGACCUCAAGAUUCCGAUGCCUCCUCUUCCCCUGAAUACCUCUCCGAUGAGUCGCAACUUCAAUUUGCCGCUCCAACACCCCAAGAUGUCCUCGACUUAAAUAACAACCUCGAAAUGCUCGCCGCCUUGUUCCCCGAUGUCCAAGUAGAGGUCUUCCGGGAAAUGCUCUCAUCCUUUUCCGAGGAGUCGCGGCUAUUCAUUAUUACGGACAAGUUGCUGAAGAAUCCCGGCUUAUACGUGAAGGGUCGACGGAGAACUAGCGAUGGCACUAGUUCCGACACGAACGCUCUGGUCCCACGAACCGAGGCCUUUAGAACGAUAGAGUACAAGAAAGCAGUACGGGCCCUGGCGAUGCAAGAAUUCAAGGGCUUAUCAAGAUCUUCUAUCGACGCUGUAUUAUCGGAGUCCAACUACUCGUAUCUCGACGCACGACCGACCCUUGUGGACCUAUCCUCGAAGUCAUGGAAGUUCACUAUAUCUUCUAUGUUCUUUCGUCGCAAGCCGGUUACCUCAACUGAGGCCGAAACGCACCCUCUAAUAAUAUGGCGAGCUUCUGACGAUGGGUCAUUAAUUCCAACUUUAAAAGCAACUGGCAGCGCCGAAUUGGAUAGAGAAUUAUUCGAAGAGUUGAUUGUUCCAUUAAAGCAACGCGAGCAGCUUUCGAGAGAAACAAGCGACCGAGCCUUAGCCAUCUCUCUACUCACAGAAGAGGCCGAAGCCAUGGAAGCGACAUACGAGUGCAACUGCUGCUAUUCCGAUGUCAUUUUUGAGGAGCUUACUACCUGUGAUGCUGAGGGGCAUUUAAUCUGCUAUCGCUGCGUUCAACACUCUAUCACUGAAGCGAUAUUUGGACAAGGAUGGCAACGCAGUAUCGACAAAGAAACGGGUUCUCUUCGAUGCCCUGCCGUAGCAUCGACGGAGUGCGCCGGCUGUAUAUCAUCCGAGCAUAUCCAUCGGGCUAUGCGCGAGGAGAAGAACGGGGAUGAGAUUAUUCGCAAGCUUGAUCAACGUUUGGCAGAGUAUGGUCUCCUAUCCAGCGGCUUGCCUCUGAUCCGGUGUCCGUUCUGCACCUACGCGGAAGUCGACGAGCUAUAUAUACCGGCUAAUUCGCGUAGGCCUAAGAUUCGUGCAAGCAACCUCGUAAAUCUUAUCAUCGUCUUUAUUUGCUUAGUCUUAUCACCAUUCUAUUUUCCUAUUCUAACACUUGUGAUCGGUUAUGCUAUGCUGUGUUUGAACGGGUCAUUUAGGGGUUACGUAUCCUACCACCUGGGAGCCGCCAUUAGCCGGUAUCAGCGUCGUCGUCGCGGGUUGAAAUUUACCUGUCAGAAUCCGGUAUGCGCUCGGUCAUCUUGCUUGUCAUGCUCGAAGGCGUGGAUGGAUAUUCAUAUCUGUCACGAAUCGUCCCUCGUUGCCCUUCGUACACAAGUUGAACUUGCGAUGUCAAUGGCAAUCAAGCGCGUUUGCCCGCGGUGUAACACGUCGUUCGUUAAGACGGCUGGAUGCAACAAACUAACCUGCCCCUGCGGAUACAAGAUGUGCUACGUUUGUCGUAAAGACAUUGGCCCAGCAACCGAAGGUUACGCACAUUUCUGCCAACACUUUAGACCAGAGGGCGAUGGACGACGAUGCAAAGAAUGUAAUAAGUGUAAUCUAUGGGAGUCUGAGAAUACCGAAGAAAUCCUUCGGGAAGCUAAAGCGGAGGCCGAAAAGAGAUGGAGGGAAUCUGAGAGGCGCGAGCUCUCCGACGCUGAGAAGGCAUAUCUCGAGGACGACGUAGGAACUAUCGGUCAAAAGGGUCAAAUGACUAAAGGUCUACGACAGUUGCUUCCAGGCGGCAAAAUCCCGAGUAUUGAGGAGUUCUUCGAUUUCAUCAUAGAGAGCUUAUUUGUAUGACGGGAAGCAUGGGAUGGACAUAGACUUUUCUCUGGGUUUUCGCUGGGUUUUUUUGGUGGUUUUCUUUUUUAUUAAAGAGGUGCAUUAUCUGGCUACUGGUUAAGCGUCGUUCUUGCAGUCAACUUUGAAAAAGAAAAAAGCGAGCAUCAUCACAUCGGGAUCUGGGCAUACAAGAGAACACGGCGUUAUAUCCGACUAAGGAAAGGUGUGGGUACGUAUUUGAUAUACCCGUCGACAGCAUCGUACAUGCAACGACUUCAUCGUGAGCUAUAUAUUCUAGGUAGCCUUACAACAUUUGUCAUCGUAAUUUGGUGUAUUGCAGUUUUUAGAGAAAAAUAUUACUGAUAUUACCUUCGUAUGAUUGAUUUGACGAGGGACCCUAAUGACAGGUCGGAAUUACGCCACAAGAACCAAAGAGCCUAGAGAUAGGUAUCCAACCUCUAUGGCAUAUAUAUUCA